GCGCGGUCCCGGAAGGCGAGGUGCUGACAUACUUCCGGCCUUUGUGACUCAUUGUGUCUGUGUGGAGGCGUCGGGAGGGCCUAGGUCCGUGUGCGGUGCCCUUCGGCCGGCCUGAGCCCCAGAGUCAGCUCCCCUUUCUCGCCCAGCGCCCCCAGGCCGCUCCCGGGGCACACGGAGUAGUACAGAAACAAAUAUAAAGCAUCUUCUAGGACAGAAAAGCCAGCACAGACCCGGUUUUCAUCACGCCAGUUCCCUGAGCCUGAAUGAUGACUGCUGAAUCAAGGGAAGCGACAGGUCUGUCCCCGCAGGCUGCACAGGAGAAGGAUGGGAUUGUCAUAGUGAAGGUAGAAGAGGAAGAUGAAGAUGAUCACAUGUGGGGGCAGGAUUCCAACCUGCAGGAGACACCUCCUCCUGACCCAGAGAUAUUCCGCCAGCGAUUCAGGCGUUUUUGUUACCAGAACACUUUUGGGCCUCGAGAAGCUCUAAGUCGACUAAAAGAACUUUGUCAUCAGUGGCUGCGACCAGAAAUUAACACCAAGGAGCAGAUCCUGGAGCUGCUGGUGCUGGAGCAGUUCCUUUCCAUUCUACCUAAGGAGCUUCAAGUCUGGCUGCAGGAGUACCGGCCCGAUAGUGGAGAGGAGGCUGUGACCCUUCUGGAAGAUUUGGAGCUUGAUCUGUCAGGACAGCAGGUCCCAGGUCAAGUGCAUGGGCCUGAGAUGCUUGCCAGAGGGAUGGUGCCUCUGGAUCCAGUUCAGGAGUCCUCAAGCUUUGACCUUCAUCAUGAGGCUUCCCAGUCCCAUUUCAAGCAUUCAUCUCGGAAGCCCCGACUCUUGCAGUCCCGAGCUCUCCCUGUCACUCACGUUCCUGCCCCUCAUCAGGAGGGGAGUCCCAGAGACCAGGCGAUGGCAUCUGCACUAUUGACAGCAGAUUCCCAGGCAAUGGUGAAGAUCGAGGACAUGGCCGUGUCCCUCAUCCUGGAGGAAUGGGGAUGUCAGAACCUGGCUCGGAGGAAUCUCAAUAGGGACAGCAGGCAGGAGAAUUAUGGGAACGUGUUUUCCCAGGGUUGUGAAACCAGAAAUGAGAAUGAGGAGUCGACCUCAAAAGCUGAAGUCACAGAAGACUCAGCAUCACAUGGGGAGAAAGCAGGAAGAUUUCAGAAAGAGUUUGGAGAGAAACGCGAACAUCAGGGCAGAGUAGUAGAAAGGCAGCAGAGAAACCCUGAGGAGAAAACUGGAAAAGAGAAGAGAGAGUCAGGUCCAACUACAGCCAGGGAUAAAAAACCUACCACAGGGGAGAGAGGUCCGAGGGAGAAGGGAAAAGGGUUGGGAAGAAGCUUCAGUCUGAGUUCAAACUUUAAUACCCCUGAAGAGGUUCCAACAGGAGCAAAGUCUCACAGAUGUGAUGAAUGUGGUAAAUGCUUCACAAGAAGUUCAAGCCUUAUCCGCCAUAAAAUCAUCCACACUGGAGAGAAGCCCUAUGAAUGUAGUGAGUGUGGGAAAGCCUUCAGUCUCAACUCAAACCUUGUCCUGCAUCAGCGAAUCCACACAGGAGAGAAGCCUCAUGAAUGUAACGAGUGCGGCAAGGCCUUCAGUCACAGCUCGAAUCUCAUUCUGCACCAGCGCAUCCACUCUGGAGAGAAGCCCUAUGAAUGUAACGAGUGUGGGAAGGCCUUCAGCCAGAGCUCAGACCUCACCAAGCACCAGAGGAUCCACACAGGGGAGAAACCCUAUGAAUGUAGUGAGUGUGGGAAAGCUUUCAACCGAAACUCGUACCUUAUUUUGCAUCGGAGAAUCCACACCCGAGAAAAGCCCUACAAGUGUACCAAGUGUGGCAAGGCCUUCACCCGGAGCUCAACCCUCACUCUGCAUCACAGAAUCCAUGCCAGAGAGCGAGCCUUGGAAUAUAGCCCAGCCUCCCUGGAUGCAUUUGGAGCAUUUCUCAAAAGUUGUGUGUAAAGCAAGAAUUUGUCAUCAAGCCAUUUCCCCUUUUGUUUCUAAAAUUAUUUCAGAAAUGCGUGCCCAUUGAG